AUGACGUGCACACGUGUUAUGCGAUCGCUAUCUACCUUUACAUCGGAGGCUGAGGUCGAGCGCGAACUCGAGAGUUCCUUCCCGCGAUGCCAAGUCACGAGGGAACAGCCACCAAGCUGGGCGACCAUGACGUACGUAGAGACGUCCCGAGAUCUUCCUCCACUUGAGUCUGGCAACUUGGCCCUAGAAGACCAGUUCUGCGGUUGGCUUUGGAUGCGCGGUACACGGCUCGGACGUUGGCGUCACCGGUAUUUCUGUCUGGACGGUACCAUGCUCUCGUAUUUCACAAGUUUCCCAGCUGAAGUGUUCCUGAAGCAAGCUCAAGCAUCAGUAGCGUCGGCAUGGGCAUCGCGCAACCUUUUCCACUUCGGUGACGGCUGUCAGCCUCGAGGUGUUAUUCGAGUGGCACAUAUCGACGACACCGACCGAACCAACCGGGUAGGAUUCAAGGUCUACGGUGCUUGUGGCAAAGUCAUCGACAUUCGUGCACAUGACACUCAUGAACGCAAUCGUUGGCUUCGCGCAUUGAAGACUCCAGCCCGUCGAAAGUCUCGGUCGUGGUCUACUGGAUCGAGUGAAGAGGUAACGCUGAGCAUGUCGUCAUUCGACCCCGAUGGACUCUGUCGGUUUGAUCGACUGUCCAUCCCGAUCGUUAAGAGCGGUUGGAUCGAGAAAAAGACUUCGUUUCUGGGGCUUUGGCGCCGCUACUUUUUCGUUGUGCAAGGCUCAAUGCUGUCGUAUUACAACAGCGACAAACCGUACGAGGUUCCACGUUGGAGAGGGUACGUCGAAGGCGUCAAGGCACGUCGACGUAGUGGAUCACUAGUUUUGCCUUCUGCAGGUAGCACAAUGGCUCCUCCAACAUUAGAACUCAUCAUCUCACUGGACUCGCCGCAAAAUCAAGUGAUUCACGUGCGAUUUCGCACUGUUGAAGAAGCUCGUGACUGGCGUCGUGUGUUGCGUGCAAAUCUGCCCGGUCGCAGAAACAAUAACUCAACUUUGGCAGCUUAG